UGUGCAAUCUGUCUGGGAGGGGAAGCUCUGUUUGCAAAUGAGUUCUCUCAUGUUUCAUCCUGUUCCUUUGCGCUCGUGUUGUAGCUCGCAGGAACGAGCCUCUCUAGAAACCCUGUCCUUUAAGCAAUGGUCUAACUUUGGAAAACCCUCUGGCAGCUAGUUGGACAUCUGAGGAAGUUUCACAUAAGUUUUGGAAUGGCUGACUACAACUCUGAACCACAAGCGCCUGGCAAACUCAACCAAGUUCAGGAUCAAGUCAAUGAUGUUAAAGUCAUUCUCAAAGACAACAUCAACAAAGUCCUGGAGAGAGGAGAGCGGUUAGACGACCUGAUCGGCAAAACAGACGAUCUGCAGGCCACGGCUGACUCGUUUCAAAGGACGUCCACGCGUGUUGCCAGAAAGAUGUGGUGGAGAAACACCAAGAUGAUGAUUAUAAUUGGUGUGGUAGUGCUUGCCAUCAUCAUUUUAAUCAUCCUGUUAGCAACAAAAGUCAUUCCCACCUAAUACAACCCAUUUUAUUACAAGUACACUAAGCAUUAAUGACUUUUUUACUAUGAAAGAAACUGGAUGCAUGUAUGUAUAGGUAAUUUUUGACAUUUCCUGUAAAAUUCUAUAUAAAUCUGGGGCGAAUAUGUCAGGGGUGUAUGCAUAUGCAUUAUGUGGUUUUUACUUGUUUAGGCUGUUAUCCUAAUAUAAUGGGACUGAAAGCAACAGAAUUCAUUGUAAGUGAAAAAUGUUUCAGGAUGUCUUGCUUUGAGACUAACUGCUGUGCUUGACACAUUCAUUCCAAAGACCUCAAAAACCAUUUCAAUCCUAAUUACAUUUCAUUACACACCUGCAUACCUUCAUUACGGCACUAAAGCGGUGAAUAUGACAGUGACUCAUAGGAUUCCUGGAACAUUUCUCAUGCUUUAACUACUGUGAAAUCACUCUGCGCUUGUGAAACUGAUUUUAUACCUUGACAAAAGUCUAGCCUGGGCUGGGUUGAAUUUAGAGCUUUUCUUGGUAUCUUUACAUUCAAACCCUUACAGUGUAUCAGUCAGUAGCUGUCUUUGUCAAGAGGAUGUAUGGCCUGUAUAGAUAAUAUUUUAUAUAUGGGAAAUACUGAUUGGCAUGUACUUAUUGUGUAAACAUAAUUGCAUGACAGAAGGAAGCCUUUAGAGGAACAGUUCACCCAAAAGUGAAUUACUUUCCUACUGGAAACAAUAUAAUGAAAGAGAAUCUAGACUAUCACACUCCAAAAUGAGCACCAUGUAAGUAUAGUCCUUAUUACUCAAAUCGAAAUGGUGUAGGAUUUACUCUAAACAAUUUACAAUCAGAAAUUUCUAUUAAAUUUCACAAAUAAUUACAUUGAAUUUAACACGUAAUUUUUAAGUAGAACGACCGAAAUUUAAUUUGACUGUAAAACGUAAUCCAAUAAUGUUUAUACAAAAUAUAAUGGUAACGCUUCACUUAAAGCCUUUAAGUAUAAUGCACUAUAAAUGUAUUGAUAAUGUGCAUUGCAAUGCAUUACAUCUUUUCAUAAACUAUUGCAACCAAAGAGAAAAUGCAUUAUUAUUUGAAGGGUUUGUUGUGUUUUAAGCAUUACACUUUCUGAAUAAAUAGAGAAGUAUUAUAACUGUGGUUAGUUAUUCAUGAGACCAUGCAAGGCAUUAUAAGUUGCAUUUCUAGGCAAAACUAAUGCAUUAAAACUACUUUUAUAGUGCAUUAUAAAUUGUGCUCGAAACCCAGUUAAUUUCCCUUAUAAUGUCUGAAAAAUCUAAUUAUGCUUUUUUGUUAUUUUAAAGCUGCUUUACUGGUGUUAUAUUGAAAACAGCAGCAAUAUUUAACAUUAAGGAGAGUAAAAGAUGAGUCUUCAUUUUUGGGUGAGCUAUGACUUUAAUCUCUGCAGAAACAACAGGCGUAAAGGUUCAUACACUUUAUUUUGUUGCAUUUUCCAAUGGUUUACAUGACUCUGUCGCAAAAUACUGCCAUAUGAAAUGAAUAUUAAAUGGCCUACACUCUGUACGCACUUGUAAGCAAUAAAUUAAUAGACCUGUAUACAAAUAA